AUGCCUCAGGUCUUCGACGUGUUGCGAAUUGCGGCAAGCUUUGUCUCUCUAGCGCCAUUUCUCUCAAAUCUCAUCGCCCCCAGUGACACCAAAGACGACACCAGUGUUCGAAUAGUUCUGGGAUCGUCCGUCGAUGGAGCAGCAAGUUUUUCAGAGAACACGCCAGAAGUACCUCUCUGGGAUUUUAAUAGUAGUGCUAUCGGGUUUACAGAUGGCACCUGUUACAUCUUGCCCCAAGGGAACUUUGUCGACAUCGCCGUGGAACCCUUCGGGGCGGCGGGAAAUAUUCAGGCCGCAUACAUAUCGCUGUCGAACGGCGGAAAUGAUGUGAUCUGUACCGCUGUCUUGUCGGUCACGUUCCCGGAUGGCGCCGUCGCCGGCUUCAGCACUAAUGUUGCUGCUGCCUGUGGUGCAUUUUGGUCUAAUAUCAACACCCCCGUCCUGGAAGAUCCCGCUUCCGCCGAGAUAAACUACUCGAAUGUAUCUGGAUCGAUAGAGAUGGCCCUAACGGUAUUUCACAUCAAGGCAUGGGAAUUCGUCUCCCCGGUUUCAGAAGUACCAACGAGAAUUGGGGGCUUCGAUGACUCGGAACAAUGA